GUAUAGAAUACGCCGCCGCUUUCUCUUGCUGUCCAGAAAGGCCUACACGUAUUACAGUUAAGGCUGGCAUUUGCUGGGCGGCGUACCUUGGCUGUCUUUAUUGUGUGCGUGCGUGCGUGGUUAUUGUGCAGGUCUUCUUAAACCGUCAAUGUGGAAGAAGAUUGCGCUUCAAAGGUCUUCAACCAGCUCCAACUCUUGAUUACGAUCAUCAUACACUCUUUUACUCGGAAUCAUUGCCCAUCAUGAGUAGUGGAUUCCGAUUCUUGUCGCUCGUGCGACCUUUCAUGUCAGUCUUGCCAGAAGUGGCUGCACCAGAACGAAAGGUACCGUUCCAAUCGCGUAUCGCAUGGACAGCAAUCGUUUUGGCCAUCUUCUUGGUCGCUUCACAAAUUCCAUUAUACGGUAUCAUGUCUUCCGAUUCAAGUGAUCCUCUAUACUGGAUGCGUGUCAUUUUGGCUUCCAAUAGAGGUACAUUGAUGGAAUUGGGUAUCUCUCCAAUCGUAACAUCAGGUAUGAUCAUGCAACUGCUCGCAGGUGCAAAUUUGGUUGAAGUUGAUUUCAGUUUGAAGGAAGAUCGGGCUUUGUUCGGAGGUGCACAAAAGUUGUUCGCUUUGAUUAUCUCUCUCGGUCAGGCAACCGUUUACGUUUUGACCGGCCUUUACGGACAACCCAAAGAUCUCGGAGCAGGUGUUUGUCUUUUGUUGAUCUUGCAAUUGGUCGUUGCAGGUUUGAUUGUGAUUUUAUUGGAUGAAUUGCUGCAAAAAGGAUACGGUUUAGGUUCAGGUAUUUCGUUGUUCAUUGCAACAAACAUUUGUGAAUCAAUCGUUUGGAAAGCCUUCUCUCCUACUACAAUCAACACCGGUCGUGGUCCUGAAUUCGAAGGUGCUUUCGUGGCUCUUUUCCACCUUUUGUUCACAUGGCAUGACAAGAGCCGUGCAUUGAAGGAAGCAUUCUAUCGUGAACGUUUGCCAAACGUGAUGAACUUGGUUGCAACUUUGUUCGUCUUCCUCGUUGUCAUUUAUUUGCAAGGCUUCCGCAUCGAAAUUCCCGUCAAGUCUAACCGCUUCCGUGGUCAACGUGGUACAUACCCUGUCAAAUUGUUCUACACCUCUAACAUGCCAAUCAUGCUCGAAUCUGCCUUGACUUCCAACGUGUUCAUCUUGAGUCAAAUGUUGGCCACAAGAUUCCCAAAGAACUUGUUUGUCAGUCUCUUGGGUGUUUGGGAACCAUUGGAAGACAGUCAACAAUUGCAUGCCGUUAGUGGUUUAUCGUACUACAUCUCUCCACCACACACUUUGAAGGCAGUCGUUGGUGACCCGAUUCACACAGUCGUUUAUAUCGCAUUCACCUUGACAGCAUGUGCUUUGUUUAGUAAGACAUGGAUCGAAGUUUCUGGCAGUGGACCACGUGAAGUUGCCAAGCAACUCAAGGAGAAUCAAAUGGUCAUGGCAGGACAUCGUGAAGGAAGUAUGUACAAGGAAUUGAAGAGAGUCAUUCCAACUGCUGCUGCUUUUGGUGGUGCAACAAUCGGUGCACUUUCCGUUUUCGCUGAUUUGAUUGGAGCUUUGGGAUCGGGAACUGGUAUUCUACUUGCUGUUACCAUUAUCUACUCCUACUUUGAAAUUGGAAUGCGCGAAGGAGGUGGCCCAGAGAUGGCCGCUAUGGGCGAUAUGAUGUAAGGAGGCAUCACAGAGGAGGCGAAGCAGGACACAACAUGCCGAGGAAGGUUGUGUCGAAAGUAGGAAAGUGACUUGAAAAAAAAAAGAGGAUCGAUGAAG